AUGCUGUUGCGGCUCGUUGUGUACGUAGAUGACGCGCGUCGUCCGUUGGACUUGGAGGACGCCUGCGUCCGUGUCUUCAGCAUAUUGGACCUUGCCGCGUACCUGAAGAACGCUCUGCAGCGCCCCCCGAGGGUUAUUUUGUACUGGAACUUUGAGCACAAACGGUACGAACUUUUGACCGCACUGCAUACCCUCGUGCAGCAGCGCAACGGUGACGACACGUCUCAUGGCGCAUCGGCGAACACCGUUGUGCUGGCGCACUUGUGGGUGGAGACGCGGCCUCUCCAGCUUGACCCUGUGGACCCGGACGUGGAUGUCGCGGAGUACGCGGAGCUCGCGAAGCAUGUGCGGCACUGGGCAGGGAAUAAGCACGUUAUGUUUUCGCUUGGGAAUGCGUUGCGUGUGACUGACCCGAGCCUUGAACGUUUAUUUGAUAACGUGCGUGGCACACGGAUGUCCGGUGGUCCGGACCGCGUUGAGCUGCUGUACUAUACAAACAACUCUCUUAGUAGCAGCGAGGUGCUGCAGCGUGGGUUUGACCGCGGGGGAGAUGUUGGUGGUUGGGCCACGCCACCUCCUGUGUUUGUCUUUACCUCCUCCAUGAAGGACCAGGAUGACAAGGAUGUCUCUCCGUCGGAGCCGCACAAAGUUCUCCUGUGUGAAGUCGCCUUGGGCCGUGUGUGGUUGUCUGACGUUUCCCUUUUGAAGAACUUGGCGCCGCCGCCGCCCGGCUACGACAGUGUGUGCCAUCGGGUGGAGAGGAAGGACGGGGUAGUUGUGAAGGCGGUUUGCGUGGGGCAGAAUUUUCAGGCGCUGCCGCGCUACGUGUUGACGCUUUCCGCGGAAAAACGUAACCACCGGGGCACGCCACCCCGUGAGAUUCACUUUGCUUCAGUCGUCCCGCACCGCCGGACGGGGAGUGUAGGAGGCCGCACGUUUGCAAAUGUGCAGAAUACAUCACUUGUGCAGAGGCCACCGAAACGAUCCGGUUCGGUGCCCCUCCUGAUAAAUAGAAGGCAAACGCAGUCAUCGUCGCUCUUGACCAACGUCACGUGUGCGGUUCACAGCGGAACACUCUUGGGGCUUUGGUGCUCAACGUGUGGGUGCGUCAUUUGCCCGUAUUGCGCCUCCAUUGGCAACCACAAGGGCCAUGGGGUAACUGGCAUGGAGGGCAUUGUAGGUGAAAUGCGAGGAAAAGUGAGUGAGGUUUGCCAGGAACUUUUUGCGCGGCUGGAACAAUACCGACGUGUCGAGUCACACCUGAAAUCGCAACGGACAGAACUGUUGGAGCGGCGUGACGAGGCAAUGGCUGCGGCAGAGAAACAUUUUUUGGCCUGCAUCGUCUUAUAG